UUUUAAGGUUAAAAUGUUACAGACUCGUUAUUGUGAAGGUUCUCUCACAUGUGCUCGCAAACUAUUUAAUUUCUGGGGAAAAUGCUUUCUGAAAAUAGAUCUUUAAAAAGCUUAAUCGGCUUUUCGCCGGUAUUUUACCGGUUUUUCACUUGUUUGAGUUAUAAUUCCAAUCGGCCCGUUUGCUGGUCGGACCGAAACAGUUUGUCGUUUCUCAAUCGGUAAACUGGUUCGGUCAACGACCCCUGAUAGACUGUUUCUAUAGUCUCAAACAAGCUUACACUUUUUCGUUUUCUUCUAAUUUAGGAUCAAGAAAUGUCGAAGAAAAUAUGGCUCAAACAUUGCAGCAACCUACAAUGGCUGAAUUAGAUGAGGCUCUUCAGUUUUUGGAUCCGUUAUCCGAUGAUUUAAAUAAUUAUCCGGGAGAAACCGUUUCACCACUCGAAGGUGCAAGGGUCAAUGGCGAAAACGAUACUAUGGGGGAGCGGGAGGCGAUUGCUUUACCCAAACCACCAAGUCAAUUUGCGACGAACUUACCUGAAAAAGGCGUGCAGCGUCAAACGUGGCCUGAAGAAUCUGCUACAAACCAAAACGAAUCAUUAGGUUCGUGUUAG